AUGUAUGAUACUCUCAAGAGGACUGUGUUUGCGCUCAUCAUCAUCAACAAGGCCGGUGGCUUAAUCUACAACAAGGUCUUCCACGAAGCGGGCCUGCAAUCCAUCAGCACAAAUGACUACCUCGUCCUCGCGGGCACCUUUCACGGUGUCCACGCCAUCACAGCCAGACUCAACCCUUUACGGCCUGUAGCGCCGCCUACCGCACCAGGCGGUAUCCCGAGCAGGCCGGAGCCGUCGUCUGGGCUCGAAUUGCUCGAGACGGAAAACUUUCGCAUGCAGUGCUUCAAUACCAUGACGGGGACCAAGUUUCUGCUCUUCACAGACACGACGCAGGCCAAUGUGGACGUUACUAUUAGGAGGAUAUAUGAUCUCUACGCGGACUAUGUCAUGAAGAAUCCGUUCUACUCGCUGGAGAUGCCUGUGCGGUGUGACAUGUUUGACCGCAAGCUGUUAUCAUAUAUUAGAGAGAUCAACAACCGUUGA